GCAUCGCUUUUCGCGGUGGAAUUUCAAUGCGCGUUCAUUGAGGAAGUUGUUGCGCGCUGUGGCGCGUUCGCGUUAAACCCGCCAGAAUGAGCGAGUGUAGAAACAGUUCGGACAGUCUUCAUUACGAGCAGAUACUGAACAGAUGGUAUUUUGACUAUCAGGUCUUUAAAGCCUUUAACGCCUUCAGAAAUGGAAAUUUUACAGCGUUCACGGAGUUUAUUAACAUUGUUGAGGAUGUGGUGGUCAGACCCAUGGAUGGACGCAGUGACAUUAUUGUCAAGCUUCGCUUCUUGCAGUUUCUGUCCAGGAUCAAUCAUGGAGAUCGGUUCGACAUCACGUUUGAAGACCCCUUGACUCCUCUUGAGUCUGCUCUCAAUGUACUGAAGUCCAUAUGCAGAGACAUGAAAGUCCCUCAGCGAGACCAUGAUCACAUAUCAAACUCUAUCAAAGAGAUGCUGGUUAUUGUUUGUAUCAAGGGUGGAGAGUUUGAGAGAGCCCAGCAGAUGAUCCAUAAACACUUUCCCAAAGGGAUGGAUUCAGCUGGCAAGAAGAAGCUGUACAUGAAUCUGAUCAGAAAUCGGCGUCGUUCUCAUUCAAUACUGCAGAUAAAUUCAUACAGUGACUUUAAACAGGACAUGCUGGAUUUCAUUGAGAGACUCUACAGUAUUCCUGAACCUUUCCUCAUCAAGAUGCUGAUGAGUCGAGAAAUACGGACGGCGAGCGAUGAGUCUCCUCAGAUCAGCGGCUCUGUACAGAAUCACAAUACAGCAGAAAACACCAACAUCUGCUCCACAUCACCUCCAUCUGGCUCAACGUUACCUCCUGCGGCCUCAGCGCAUGUGAGUUUGCAGAAUCUGCGUCUGGUUUACAGUAAACUCAGCGAGGUGUACGGGGUGAGCGUCCCCUUCUCACAGCUGCAGCAGGAGGUGGAGAAUAAAGCCCUGCUCGAGUACAAGAGACAGACCGACACCGAGCUUCAUCUGGUGCUGUCUGAGACGCAGCCGGAGUCAAAUGACACAGACCAGGACUCUGAGAGGAUGAAGGAUGUGGAGGUCCACCUGGAGCUACAGAACAACCGAGAGCAGGACUCUGAGGCUGUGAAGGACAUGGAGGUCCCCGGAGAACAGUGUGCUCCUGUACAGCCCCGCUACAAUGGAAUGACCAUAUCUCGCUUAGUACUGGAGGAUGACAGCCAGGUCAGUGAGAACGAGUCUCAGGAUGAUGUCAUGGCACAAGAUGAAGAGUCCACACAGAUCACGCCGGUCAGAUCCUCUCCACGGACACAAUCUGGCAGACGCAGAGUUCUUAGUCCAGAGUCUCAUCCUGAGACUCCAACACGUCAGACGCGUCACAGCUGCUCUACAUCUGUCAGUCACACACAUCCAGGGAAACGGAAAGAGACUCCAACACGUCAGACGUGUCAAAGCAACCCUCUGUCUGUCAAUCACACGCAUGCAGAGCAAACGAGAGAAACUCCACCACGUCAGACGCGUCAAAGCAGCUCUCAUGCAGAGAAACUGAGAGCGACUCCAGCACGUAAGGCGCAUCAAAGCAGCUCACCGUCUGUCAGUCACGUGCAUGCAGAGAAACAGAACCAGACCCCAACGCGUCAAAGCAGCCCUCCGCCUGUCAGUCAUGCGCAUGCAGAGAAACAGAACCAGACCCCAACGCGUCAAAGCAGCCCUCCGCCUGUCAGUCAUGCGCAUGCAGAGAAAAAGACAGAGACCCCAAAGCGUCAUACGCGUCAAAGCAGCUCGUCGUCUGUCAGUCACAUGCAUGCAGAGAAACAGACAGAGACCCCAACGCGUCAAAGCAGCCCUCCGUCUGUCUGUCAUGCACAUGCAGAGAAACAGACAGAGACUCCAGUGCGUAAGAUGCGUCACAGCAGCUCACCAUCUGUCAGUCACACGCAUGCAAAGAAACAGAGCAAUACCCCAGUGCAUCAGACGCAUCACAGCAGCCCUCUGUCUGUCAGUCACAUGCAUGCAGAGAAACAGAAUGAGACCCCAGCACGUCAAAGCAGCUCUUCGUCUGUCAGUCAUGCGCAUGCAGAGAAACAGAUAGAAACUCCAACACGUCAGACCCAUCAAAGCAGCUCUUCGUCUGUCAGUCACCCGCAUGCAAAGAAACAGAACGAGACCCCAGCACGUCAAAACAGCUCUUCGUCUGUCAGUCACGUGCAUGCAGAGAAACAGAGAGAAACUCCAGCACGUCAGACGCGUCACAGCAGCCCUCCGUCUGUCAGUCACAUGCAUGCAAAGAAGCAUCGCAACAAGAGGCCCAGAAUUGUCAGCAGUCCAGAAUCUGAACUUGAGGAGCAAACAGAAGCUCAGAGAGAAACUCAUAACAGCAGAUCUACAUCUGGAGAGAAACCGAGAGAAACUUCAGCGCGUCACAGCAGUCCUCCGUCUGUCAGUCACACACACAGAAAGAAACGACAGAACAAAAGGAACAGAAUUGCUCCUGGUCCAGAAUCUGAUUCAGAUCAACAGACAGAAGAUGAGACCGAGACUCCUGUACAUCAGACACCAGACAAACAACAGGACAAGAGGUUGAUAGUUGUCUGUGAUUCAGACUCAGACUUUGAGCGUCAGACAGAAGUUCAUCAUGACAUCACAGCAUCUGUCAAUCAUUCACAUCCAGAGAAACAGAGAGGGACACAUAACAGCGGCGGGAAGAAACAUAAAGACAAGAGGCCGAGGAUUGUGAGUGAUUCAGAUUCUGAUUCACAGCGAGAGACGAACUCACAUCUGUCCUCCAUCAUAGAAACACACACAGAGAAACAGCGUGAGAGGACCAAAAGAUGGCUGAACAUCUCAGGGACUCGUGAGGAUUGGAGUGAUGAGGAGUCGUUGUUUGGCCCCGCUGCAGGUUCAUCACGUAAAGAGAAACAAACCAGAAAGAAGUGGACGGUUGAAGAGUCAAACUGGUUAAAGGACGGCGUGCUGCGUUUCGGCGAGGGCCGAUGGGGAAAAAUUCACUCGGCGUUCCCAUUUAAAGACCGCACACCCGUAAACCUGAAGGACCGCUGGAGAACCAUGAAAAAACUCAAACUUGUGUAACAGCUGAUUUGCUGUCAAGCUCUUAACUUUUCACUGGGUUAAAAAAAUACUGGAAUAUACCUUUUUAUAAAAAAACAUUUGUAAAUUGUUCCUAAAUGCUAUUUUAAAAAAGUUUUACUUUUUUUCUUUUUUGUAUUAAACGUUUGACACAUUUGUGCAACGAUGUUGUUUUGACAGCGUUUUAAGAAUUAGUGUUUAAUUAAAACUGAACAUUCACAUUUAACUGGUGUAGUAUGUAAAUAAAGUUACACAUCUCA